UGGCAGGGCGUCUGCCAGCUGCUGCGCCUGGGCGACCUGGCCAAGCUGGGCGAGCCGCACCAGCGCAAGGAGCACUACCUGUCGGGCGGGCGGGAGGCCGACGCCAUGGCCGGCGUCAUCCUGGAGCAGCCGGGCCAGCCCAGCCGGCUCUUCGUGGGCACCUCGGUGGAGGGGCGCUCCGAGUACUUCCCCACCCUGUCCAGCCGCCGCCUGGCGCCCGAGCCCGCCAGCCCCGAGAUGUUCAGCCUGGUCUACCAGGACGAGUUCGUCUCCUCGCAGGUCAGGGUCCCCUCGGACACCCUGGCGCUGCACCCGGCCUUCGACAUCUACUACGUCUCGGCCUUCGUCUCGGGCGCCUUCGUCUACUUCCUCACCCUGCAGCUGGACACGCAGCAGGCGGCGCUGGAGGGAGCGGCUGGGGGGCCCGGCGGCGGGGGGGCCCCCGGGGCCGAGCGCUUCUUCUCCUCCAAGCUGGUGCGGCUCUGCGCCCGCGACGCCGAGUUCUACUCCUACGUGGAGUUCCCGCUGGGCUGCGCCCAUGCUGGGGUGGAGUACCGCCUGCUGCAGGCCGCCCGGCUGGCCAAGGCUGGGCGCCGGCUGGCGCGGGCGCUGGGGCUGGCCGAGGGGCAGGACGUGCUGUACGCAGCCUUCGCCCAGGGCCAGAAGAACCGGGCAGCGCCGCCCCGCCAGAGCCUGCUCUGCCUCUUCACGCUGGACGAGCUCAACCGGCGCAUCCAGGAGCGGAUCCAGAGCUGCUACCGCGGCGAAGGGCACCUCUCCCUGCCCUGGCUGCUCAACAAGGAGCUGCCCUGCAUCAACACGCCCAUGCAGAUCAAUGGGAAUUUCUGCGGGCUGGUGCUGAACCAGCCGCUGGGGGGGCUGCAGGUCAUCGAGGGGCGCCCCCUGCUGGCCGAGCGCAGCGAGGGGCUGGCCAGCGUCGCCGCCUACACGUACCAGGGCCACUCGGUCGUCUUCCUGGGCACCCGCGCCGGGACCCUCAAGAAGGUGCGGGUAGACGGCCCCCAGGACGCCCACCUGUACGAGUCGGUGCCCGUGAGCCCCGGGCAGCCCCUGCUGCGGGACAUGGAGCUCAGCCCGGACCAGAGGCACCUUUACCUGCUGAGCCGCGGAGAGGUGGUGCGGCUACCGGUGGAGACCUGUGGCCAGUACCCCACGUGUGACGCCUGCCUGGGCUCUGGGGACCCCCACUGCGGCUGGUGUGUCCUGCACAACCGGUGCUGCCGGGAGAGCGAGUGUCCCCGGGCACUGGAGUCGCAGCGGUUCGCGGCCGCGCUAGGCCCCUGCCCCCGGCUGCUCGUGGAGCCCAAUAACGUCUCCGUCACCGCGCCCAGCGUCCUGCUGCAGCUGACGGUGCAGAACCUCCCGGACCUGGGGCCCGGCGUGACCUGCUCCUUCGAGGGCCUGGGGCAGAGCGAGGCCGAGGUGCUGCCCGGGGGCCUCAUCCGCUGCCAGUCGCCCACCCCCCGGGAGCUGCCCCCUGGUACCGGCCCCCACGGUGACGCUCGCUCCGUACGGCUUCAGCUUCGCUCGCUUGAGACCGGGAUGGACUUCGCUGGCGCUGACUUCGUCUUCUACAACUGCAGCCUCCUCCCAUCGUGUCUGUCCUGCGUGAGGAGCAGGUUCGCCUGCCAGUGGUGCAAAUAUCGGCACGUCUGCACCCACGAUCCCCAGGAGUGCGCUUUCGCAGAGGGGCGGGUCAGCACCACUGAGGGCUGCCCGGAGCUGCUCCCGGCGGGCGAGAUCCUGAUCCCGGUGGGGCUACUGCAGCCGAUCACGCUCCGGGCCAAGAACCUGCCGCAGCCGCAGUCGGGCCAGAAGAACUACGAGUGCGUCUUUGCCGUGCAGGGGCGGCGCCAGCGGGUCCCAGCCGUGCGCUUCAACUCCAGCAGCGUGCAGUGUCAGAACACCUCGUACUGGUACGAGGGCGACGCGGUUGGGGAGCUGCCUGUGGACUUCUCCGUCGUCUGGGACAGCGACUUCCCCAUCGACCAGCCCCCCGGCUUCAAAGCCCUGCUCUACAAGUGCCCAGCCCAGCGCCCCAGCUGUGGGCUCUGUCUCCGCUCCGACCCGCGCUAUGAGUGCGGCUGGUGCCUGGCCGAGCGACGCUGCCUCCUGCGCCCCCAAUGCCCAGCCCCCAAACUCAACUGGGUGCCCCCUGGCCGGCGUGGGGCCCGCUGCAGCCACCCCCGCAUCACCCAGGUGGUGCCGGUGGCGGGGCCCAAGGAGGGCGGCACGCGGGUGACGGUCGAGGGGGAGAACCUGGGGCUGCAGUUUCACGAGGUCGUGGUGCGCGUGGCCGGCGUGCGCUGCAACUCGCUGCCAGGCCAGUAUGUCCCUGCCCAGAGACUGGUGUGCGAGAUGGAGGAGUCGCUGGUGCCCGACCCCCCGCCCGGCCCCGUGGAGAUCUGUGUGGGCGACUGCGGUGUCGACUACCGGGCCCACUCCCCGAAUCCCUUCACCUUCGUGACCCCCAGGCUGCGGGGACUGAACCCUGGGGGGGGGCCGGUGUCCGGGGGGACCCGCAUUACCCUCACUGGGACCGAUCUGGACGCCGGCAGCAGCGUCAACAUCAUUGCAGGGGCACCCUGCCAGCUGCUCAGGAGGGGGCCUGAGGAAAUCGUCUGCCUGACCCCCCCGUCCAUGCUGGGCCCUGGUCCGGCCCCCCUCAGUGUCUUCAUUGACCGUGCCAGCCUGGCCCCCCCUGAGCCCCCCAAUGGCACCACCAGCCCCCCCGUCCUGAUCUUCCGCUACACCCCCGAUCCGGCGGUGACCCAUGUCGAGCCCCAAUGGAGCAUCGUCAACGGCAGCACCAGCCUGACAGUGACUGGGACCCGCCUGCUGAGCAUCCAGGAGCCGCGUGUCCGAGCUCUGUACGGGGGCGUCGAAACCGUCAACAGCUGCCGGGUGCUGAAUGACUCCCUCAUGCUGUGCCAGGCGCCUGGCAUUGUGCCCGGGGGGCGGGAGCUGCCCGCGGCGGGGGCCUCCCCUGACGAAUUCGGCUUCCUGCUGGACCAUGUCCAGGCGGCUCGAACCCUCAACCGCUCGGCCUUCACCUACUACCCUGACCCCCAGGUCGAGCCCUUCAGCCCUGCGGGGGUGCUGGAGGUGAAACCCGGCUCCCACAUCGUCCUCAAGGGCAGGAACCUGAUCCCAGCGGCCGCUGGGGGGGCCCGUCUGAACUACACGGUGCUGAUUGGGGGGGAGCCCUGCGCCCUGACGGUGUCAGAGACCCAGCUGCUCUGCGACUCACCCAGCCAGACAGGGGAGCAGCCAGUCACGAUCCUGGUGGGGGGCCUGUCCUUCUCGCCCGGCUCCCUGCACAUCUACCCCGAGGCAGCCCUGCCCCUGGGAGCGCUGGUGGGGCUGGGCGCGGGGGGGUCCCUGCUGCUCCUGGCCAUUAUCGGGGUGCUGGUUGCCUACAAGCGCAAGACCCGCGACGCCGACCGGACCCUUAAGCGGCUGCAGCUGCAGAUGGACAAUCUGGAGUCCCGGGUGGCGCUGGAGUGCAAGGAGGCAUUUGCAGAGCUGCAGACCGACAUCAACGAGCUGACGAACAACCUGGACGGGGUGAAGAUCCCGUUCCUGGACUAUCGGACGUACGCCCUGCGGGUGCUGUUCCCCGGCGAGGAGCCCCCCAUGCUGCGCCAUGGCCACGCGCCCCCCGGGGCAGAACGGGGCCUGCGGCUCUUCGGGCAGCUCCUGCACUGCCAGCCCUUCCUGCUGACCUUCGUCCACGCGCUGGAGGGGCAGCGCGGCUUCUCCAUGCGGGACCGCGGGGCCGUGGCCUCCCUCACGCUGGUGGCCCUGCAGGGCCGGCUGGACUACGCCACCGGCGUCCUCAAGCAGCUGCUGGCCGACCUCAUAGAGAAGAAUCUGCAGAACCGGGCCCAUCCCAAGCUGCUGCUGCGCAGGACGGAGUCGGUGGCUGAGAAGAUGCUGACAAACUGGUUCACCUUCCUGCUGCAUCGGUUCCUGAAGGAGUGCGCUGGGGAGCCGCUGUUCCUGCUGUUCUGUGCCAUCAAGCAGCAGAUGGAGAAGGGGCCGAUGGACGCGGUGACGGGGGAGGCGCGGUACUCGCUGAGCGAGGACAAGCUCAUCCGCCAGCAGAUCGACUACAAGACCCUGACGCUGUACUGUGCCAGCCCCGACCCCACCGGUGGCCCCGAGGUGCCCGUGAAGGUGCUGAACUGCGACACCAUCACUCAGACCAAGGAGAAGCUGCUGGACGCUGUGUACAGGGGGGUCCCCUAUUCCCAGCGCCCCCGGGCCGACGACACGGAGCUGGAGUGGCGCCAGGGCCGGUCGGGCCGAACCCUCCUACAGGACGAGGAUGUGACAAGCCGCAUUGAGGGCGACUGGAAACAGCUCAACACUCUGGGACACUACCAGGUGACUGAUGGCUCCAAGGUGGCCCUGACACCCCGGCAGGUCUCGGGGUGCAACCUGCCCAACUCCUGCACCUUCAGCCACUCACUGAGCCGCUACGAGAGCCUCCUGCGGCCAUCCAGCAGCCCCGACAGCCUGCGCUCCCGCGCCCCCAUGCUGAGCCCCGAGCGCGACGGGGGCACCCGGCUCUGGCACCUCGUCCGCAGCCACGACCCGCUGGGCGACCCCAAGGAGGGGGGCAGCAAGAUGGUGUCGGAAAUCUACCUCACCCGGCUCCUGGCCACCAAGGGCACGCUGCAGAAGUUCGUGGACGACCUGUUCGAGACGCUGUUCAGCACGGCCCACCGGGCCAGCGCCCUGCCGCUGCCCAUCAAGUACAUGUUCGACUUCCUGGACGAGCAGGCGGAUCGGCGCCAGAUCAGCGACCCCGACGUGCGGCACACCUGGAAGAGCAACUGCCUGCCCCUGCGGUUCUGGGUGAACGUGAUCAAGAACCCGCAGUUCGUCUUCGACGUGCACAAGAGCAGCAUCACGGACGCGUGUCUCUCUGUGGUGGCCCAGACGUUCAUGGACUCGUGUUCCACGUCGCCCCAGCGCCUGGGCAAGGACUCGCCCUCCACCAAACUGCUCUACGCCAAGGACCUGCCCGGCUACCGCGGCUGGGUGGAGCGGUACUACCGGGACAUUGCCAGGAUGGCGCCCAUCAGUGACCAGGACAUGGACGCCUACCUGGGGGAGCAGUCGCGGCUCCACGCUGGGGAGUUCAACACACUGGGGGCGCUGGGGAGCUCUACCAGUACGUGGGCGCUACCGCCAGGAGGUGCUGACGGCGCUGGAGCGGGACGGGAGCUGCCGGAAGCAGCGGCUGCGCCAGCGGCUGGAGCAGGUCAUCGCCUUGGUCUCCACCAACAGCUGAGGGGGGCUGGCCCCACGGCCAGCCAGUGCGACCUUCGACCUCCUCCGGGACCACGGGACCUUCGACUCCUGGCUCAGGGGCAGGCUGACUUUUGGGGGGCAGCGGCUCUGGGUGGGAGCGUCCCCCCAAUGCCACCGGGACCUGGCCUCGUAGCAAUAACCCAGAGGGGCUGCUGGUGGCGAAGUGGGGGGUGCGACGGGGGGGCAGGGCUGGGGGGCGGAUCUGGCUGGGCUGGAGAAAUGUCCCCCACUUUCACCCCAAUACUGGACCCCCACCCCAAAACUGUACAGCCCCCCAGUACUGUAUGACUCCCUCCCCCAGCCCCCCAAUGCACCCCCAGCCCAGCAGCUGAAAGGAGCCUCCCACCUCCCCCCUGUACAGCCCCCCCAAAUAGCUGGUGGAACUUGCCUCUUGUUUUGGUGACAGUGACAAUGGGAAUUGGAGGGACCCCUCUCCUCAGCCCUUCCCUCCGGCACCCCCUUCUCCUAGGGACUCCCCUCCCCAGCCCCCCAGCACCCCCUUUCCCGGCGACGUGGUGCCUUAAUUACUGAAUAAUUUAUUGCGUCUCGGGGGUUCGGUGUAAAUUUAGUCCCAGGUGUAAGAAAUUUCAGUGUAACCCCCCCGAUAUCUGUGUAAAUAGUCAUACUGCAUGUGGGCGCGGGGAGGGGGGGCCUGGCUCCCCCCUGAGAUUUGGGGGAAGCAGGACAGACCCCUUCCCUCGCUCCCACGCAGCUGUUUUCUCUGUUCAUUUUAUAAUUAACUUUUCUUUUGCUAAUUAAA